CUGGUUACCUUAAUAUGGGAACGCCUGAAAAUUAUGAUAGUUUGCGCUUAUUCAACCAAUACCGAGUAAUUCUGACAAUCUCCUCUGUAAAACAAGCGGUUCAAGGUCGUUGCGACGAAAAAGCGGGCGGAUCCGGAAGCACCUCUGUUAUAGAAACGUUAUUGGAAACUAAAUACGCCCACACACUCCGCUACAUUUUUGGUCAGGCUUUAUUCUCACGGAACUGAACUUAAAAUUGAAAUGUAUGCGUUAUUAGGUCGAUCACCUUCCCUUAUUUCAAAAACCAUCCGAUUGAGUAAAAUAUUCAGCACAAGUUGUAAACUGACCUCCAAUGUGUACUAUACCAAAAAACACGAGUGGAUCAAGGUUAAUGGUGAUGUUGGGAUUGUAGGAAUUUCUAAAUAUGCUGAACAGAAACUGGGUGAUAUAGUGUACGUUGAGUUACCUACUAUUGGAGACAAGAUCAAUGUUAAUGACCAAUGUGCCGUUGUCGAAUCAGUCAAAGCUGUUAGCGAAGUAUACUCACCAGUGUCAGGUACCAUAAUUGAAGUCAAUCCAGAUGUUGAAAAAAAUACAAAAAUAAUCAAUCAGUCCCCUUUAGAUGAAGGCUGGCUUUUCAAGCUUCGACUUUCAGACUUAUCACAAGUCAAGGACCUUUUAUCUGAAGAAAAUUAUGAUGAAUUUUUGACCUCUGAAUCUUGAUGUUGUAACGUAUUCUUCAGUUCGUUUCUUUAGGCAUUACAAACCUCCACCGUUCUUAUUUUGAACAAUUAAACGUUAUUUAGCGUGUGAUUGGGUUGCUAAAUUUUUCGAGACCACCUCAGCACAUUUUAAUCUUAGUUUUAUAUAUUUUUACUUGUGAA